GCAAUGACAGCCUGCACCCUCCUGGUGGGUGGACUUCGGGACCCGCAGCUCUGCACCGGCGCGCUGGGGCCUCUGUCCCGACCCGCUCAGACUCUGGCCGCGCCGCGGCCCCGGCCUCGGUUCCUACUGCUGCUGCUGCUUCUGUUGCUGCUACUGCCGCCCUCGGCCCGCUCCGCCAUGUUCACCGUCGGGGUACUGGGCCCUUGGACCUGCGACCCCAUCUUUGCCAGUGCCCGCCCGGACCUGGCCGCCCGCCUGGCCGCCGCCCGCCUGAACCGCGAACCAGCCCUGGAAGGUGGCCCGCGCUUCGAGGUCACCCUGCUACCGGAGCCAUGCCGGACGCCGGGCGCGCUGGGAGCUGUGGCCUCGGCGCUGCCUCACGUCUCGGGACUCGUGGGUCCGGUGAAUCCUGCCACCUGCCGGCCGGCCGAAAUACUAGCCCAUGGAGCAGGGGUCGCGCUAGUGCCCUGGGGCUGCCCGGGGACGCGGGCGGCGGGCACCACGACCCCUGCUGGGACGCCCGCAGCGGAUGCCUUCUACGCCCUCCUGCGGGAGUUCCGCUGGGCGCGCGUGGCCUUGGUCACCGCCCCUCAGGACCUGUGGGUGGAGGCGGGACGCGCGCUGGCCGCAGCUCUCCGGGCCCGGGGUCUGCCCGUCGCUUUAGUGACCACCAUGGAGCCCUCGGACCUCUCCGGUGCCCGGGAGGCCCUGAGGAAGGUCCGUGACGGGCCCAGGGUCAGAGCAGUGAUCAUGGUGAUGCAUUCGGUGCUGCUGGGCGGCGAGGAGCAGCGCCUCCUGCUGGAGGCCGCGGAGGAAUUGGGCCUGGAUGACGGCUCCCUGGUCUUCCUGCCCUUCGACACGCUGCACUACGCCUUGUCCCCAGGCCCGGAGGCCUUGGCCGCACUCGCCAACAGCUCCCAGCUUCGCAAGGCCCACGAUGCUGUACUCAUCCUUACGCGCCACUGUCCCCUGGGAGGCAGCGUGCUGGACAGCCUGCGCAGGGCCCAAGAGAACCGAGAGCUACCCCCUGACCUCAAUCCACAGCAGGUGUCCCCACUCUUCGGCACCAUCUACGACGCGGUUUCCUUGUUGGCAUGGGGUGUGGCGGGGGCUCGAGCAGCCGGAGGUGGCGGCUGGGUGUCCGGAGCAGCUGUGGCCCGCCACGCCCGAGAUGCCCAGACCCCUGGCUUCUGCAGAGGCCUGGGAGGAGUCGAGGAACCCCCGUUUGUACUGCUGGACACGGAUGCAACAGGAGACCGGCUGUUUGCCACUUACAUGCUGGACCCCGUCCGGGGCUCCUUCCGCUCCGUUGGGACCCCAGUGCACUUCCCUCGUGGGGGACGGGGUCCUGGGCCUGACCCCUGGUGCUGGUUCGACCCUGACGUCAUCUGCAACGGAGGAGUGGAUCCUGGCCUCGUUUUUCUUGGCUUUCUCCUGGUGGUUGGGAUGGGGCUGACUGGGGCCUUCCUGGCCCAUUACAUGAGGUACCGACUGCUUCACAUCCAAAUGGUCUCCGGCCCCAACAAGAUCAUCUUGACUCCGGAUGACAUCAUCUUUAUCCACCCACGGAGAAGCAGCUCUCGAAAGGUAGUGCAGGGGAGUCGGUCGAGUCUGGCUGCCCGCAGCACAUCGGACAUUCGCAGUGUCCCCAGCCAACCUUCUGACAGCUCCAACAUUGGCCUCUACGAGGGAGACUGGGUUUGGUUGAAGAAAUUCCCGGGGGAUCAGCACAUAGCUAUCUGUCCAGCAACCAAGACAACCUUCUCCAAGCUCCGGGAGCUGCGACACGAGAACGUGGCCCUCUACCUGGGGCUGUUCCUGGCGUGCGGCGCGGAUGGAGCCGCGGCGCCAGGAGAGGGCUUCCUGGCCGUGGUCUCCGAGCACUGCGCCCGGGGCUCUCUCCACGACCUCCUCGCCCAGAGAGACAUAAAGCUGGACUGGAUGUUCAAGUCCUCCCUCCUGCUGGAUCUCAUCAAGGGAAUGAGGUACCUGCACCAUCGAGGCGUGGCUCAUGGGCGGCUGAAGUCCCGGAACUGCGUGGUGGACGGGAGGUUCGUGCUUAAGGUCACGGAUCAUGGCCACGGACGACUACUGGAAGCGCAGAAGAUGUUACCGGAGCCCCAGACCGCGGAGGACCAGCUAUGGACAGCCCCGGAGCUGCUGCGGGACCCGGCCCUGGAGCGUCGGGGAACGCUGGCCGGCGAUGUCUUCAGCCUGGCUGUCAUCAUGCAGGAGGUUGUGUGUCGCAGCGACCCCUACGCCAUGCUGGACCUGACUCCCGAGGAGGUGGUGCAGAGGGUACGGAGCCCCCCUCCGCUGUGUCGGCCUUUGGUGUCCAUGGACCAGGCACCCAUAGAGUGCAUUCAGCUGAUGGAACAGUGCUGGGCAGAGCAGCCAGAACUUCGGCCCUCCAUGGACCGCACCUUCGACCUGUUCAAGAGCAUCAACAAGGGCCGAAAGACAAACAUCAUUGACUCCAUGCUUCGGAUGCUGGAGCAGUACUCAAGCAACCUGGAAGACCUGAUCCGGGAGCGCACAGAGGAGCUGGAGCUGGAAAAGCAGAAGACAGACCGGCUGCUCACACAGAUGCUACCUCCGUCUGUGGCUGAGGCCCUGAAGACGGGGACACCUGUGGAACCUGAGUACUUUGAGCAAGUGACACUGUACUUCAGUGACAUCGUGGGCUUCACCACUAUUUCAGCCAUGAGCGAGCCCAUUGAGGUAGUGGAUCUACUCAAUGACCUCUACACUCUCUUUGAUGCCAUCAUUGGAGCCCAUGAUGUCUACAAGGUGGAGACUAUUGGGGACGCCUAUAUGGUGGCCUCCGGGCUGCCUCAGCGGAAUGGACAGCGGCACGCAGCAGAGAUCGCCAACAUGUCACUGGACAUACUUAGUGCUGUGGGCUCCUUCCGCAUGCGCCACAUGCCGGAGGUGCCGGUGCGCAUCCGCAUCGGCCUGCACUCGGGCCCGUGCGUGGCUGGUGUGGUGGGCCUCACCAUGCCGCGAUACUGUCUGUUUGGCGACACGGUCAACACCGCCUCUCGCAUGGAGUCCACCGGGCUGCCUUACCGUAUCCACGUGAACGUGAGCACCGUGCGGAUCCUCCGCGCUCUGGAUGAGGGCUUCCAGGUGGAGGGGCGUGGUCGCACAGAACUGAAGGGCAAGGGCUCGGAGGACACGUACUGGCUGGUGGGCAGACGCGGUUUCAACAAGCCUAUCCCUAAACCGCCGGAUCUGCAGCCUGGGGUCAGUAGCCACGGCAUCAGCCUGCAGGAAAUCCCCCCUGAGCGGCGCCAGAAGCUGGAGAAGGCGAGGCCGGGCCAGUUCUCGGGAAAGUGAGGCAGCC